AUGCGCGUUCGACGUCUAAGACCGGCGUUGCAGGGCCCAACAUCCCAUCGACAUCCGACGCAAACAUCCUCACCGUACCUCGACUUCGAAUACGUCGCCGGGUACGCCGCAAACUACACCCGGAUGGUCGCCCCACGCCCGCGGCAUCCCCACUGGCCCCAUGGCAGACCACCAACACCAAUGCCUCCCAAGCGCAAUGGGACGACAUCCGCAACGUCAGCAGCAUGGGCGUCUCACCCCGCCGACGACCCGGCUGAAUGCCGGCGGAGGCAGGUGCGGAGUUGGGAUAGUUCGGGGUUCACGAAUCCGGCUAGUAUGUUGAUGGGGACGGCGCUGGAGAACAGUGUUGGGUUUGGGCAGUUCGUGGCGGCGCCUACCGGCGCGUUACAGCCAUUUUAUCGGUCCGGGAAUGCCAACAAUGGGACCGUGAAUCGGGCGGAGUAUCCUGUGAAUGGGACUACGGGGACGCAGACCAAGAUGGGUACGUUUACGGGGGUGACGGGCACCUCCACUGCACCGAAUGAAAACACUGCCGCGGACCCCAUGACCCGUAGUCUCGUCCCGCACGGGUUCAACUAUGCCCCGAACGCUCGGCUGCAUGUCCUCGGCACCUGGCGCGAGAGCGUCUCCAACGGCGUCCGGUGCUACGACACAGGCAAACCCGUCCACAACACCGUCUACGUCUUUUUCCGACGAUGGCGGCCGGAACUUAAAAGUCCGCGUAGCAGGCAACUCGGCAAGACAUGGGUAGGCGCCACGACGGGGCGUGCUCUCCGUCGACGACGCCUACGCCGUCAUCGCCACCUUCGGCCCCGACAACGGGCUCGCCAGCUACGAGUCCCAACCAUCACAUCGACCGGCGUGCCGAUGGCACUCAUCUACGCCCGCACCACCGUCCCCUCCUGCGUGACCGACUACACCGCGCAGCGCACGCAGUACGCGAAGACCUACCUCAUCCGCCGGUCGGCGAGCAGCUCGACGAUCUGGUGUAAGCCCGAGAUCCCGUGCCUGAUGGGCGACCCCCGCGCGCUCGCAGCUGGUUCUUGA